AUGGCAAACGAGGCUCUUCAGCAUUUCGCAGCCCUCAGUCUGGACUACUUGAUUAUCGGCGGAGGAACUGCAGGGCUGGUUGUUGCAACGCGUUUGAGCGAGAACCCCGAAAUAAAUAUCGGGGUACUCGAGGCUGGUCCAUCGGUGCUCAACAAAAAUGGAAACGAAGUCAUCAACGUGCCCGGUCGCUACGGAGAGAGUAUUGGCUCCGAAUACGAUUGGAAGUUCCAAACCACGCCACAGAAAGGACUUGGAGGGCGGUCGCUGCCUUGGCCACGAGGUCGUGUACUAGGCGGCACAAGUGCGCUCAACUUUAUGGCCUGGAAUCGGGGUCACCGCGAGGACUAUGAUGCGUGGGAAAAUUUAGGGAAUCGUGGAUGGGGAUGGGAUGAUUUAUUACCCUUCUUUCGCCGCAGCGAGAAUUUUCAUCCACCAAGCGCUGCUCAUCAAGAAAAAUAUCAAUCUUCCUACGUUUCUAAAUUCAAUGGGACUGGGGGACCUUUGCAUACAACUCACGUUAAGCAGUAUGGUCCCGCGCAUCAGUAUUGGCACGAAACUUUGAAUCGCCUCGGCAUUUCCUCUAGUCAUGAUAGUCUGGCUGGUGUUAACGUGGGCGCCUGGAACAUGGUCUGCACAAUCGAUCCGGAUAGACAAGAACGCAGCUAUUCCGCCUCGGCAUACUACUCGCCUGUAGCCCACCGUACAAACUUGCACAUUUUGACCAACGCAACUGUCAUGGAGAUUCUGUUUGAUUCGGAAAAUGAGAUCAUGGUUGCAACAGGAGCUCGAGUGCGCUAUGAUGGCAUUGAGACCAUCAUCCACGCCAACAAGGAGGUGAUCCUUUGUGCGGGUAGCGUACAGUCGCCGCAACUAUUGGAACUGUCGGGAAUUGGAAAUCAGGAUAUAUUGGAGGCAGCGGGAGUGAAGGUCAAGGUUCACAAUCCAAAUGUGGGAGAGAAUCUUCAAGACCAUAUGAUGACUGCCAUGAUUUAUGAAAUUUCACCUACGCUCCUCACUCGCGAUGACAUCUUGAAUGACCCAGUCAGACGACAAGCAGCCGACCUUGCCUACCAAACCUCCCAGACUGGGCCCUGGACUGAGAUGCCGUGUUCUGUCGCUUAUUGCUCGCUCUCACAGAUAUUAUCAUCUGAAGAAUGCGCUGAGUUACACGCCCGAGCCCAGGACAUAGCCAGACAGGUUGGUCGGCCACACGACGCUAUUCUAGCCAAUCAGUUUGAGCAAGGGCAUGAACUCGGCCAGGUUGAAUAUAUCUUUGAUCUUGGAAAUUGGAGUCCAUACUUUGUUCCCGAGCCAGGAAAGAAAUACGCAACGAUGCUGCAAAUGCUGCAGUAUCCUUUCUCUAGGGGGUCUAUUCACAUACCGUCCAAGGCCGAGAGCAAUUGCGAAAAGACCACCAUAAAUGAUAAGCCCGUUAUUCAUCCACGAUAUUACCUUGGACCUGGUGAAAUUGACAAGAAGGUCAUGGCGAAGGCACAAAGGUUUGCAGAUCGUAUCUGUCAGAGUGAUCCGCUGUGCAAAAUCGCUCGAGGCCGCGUAUUCCCUCCUCCUUCCAGAGAUUCGGACUCCGAGGACUCUAUCUACGACGAUUUUGUUUCAAACUAUACAGCUACUGAUUGGCAUCCAGUGGGAACCUGCGCUAUGGGCGAACGAAGCGGGCCUAAUGCCGGGGUUGUCAAUGAACGCCUGCAGGUGCAUGGAGUUUCUAGUCUGCGAGUGGUGGAUGCUAGCAUUAUGCCUCUGCAGGUUGGCGCACACAUUCAAGCUACUGUAUAUGCGAUUGCCGAAAAGGCGGCACAAAUGAUCGUGGAUGAUCACUAUGCAAGAUGA